AUGCGCGCUCCCGCCAGCACGCGGAGUUGCGGCGUGUUGCUGCUGGUACUCCAGGCGGCUGCCGCUGCUUCCAGCGGCCUCCAGCGACUGCUGGUGUCUGCGCGCUGCCAGGCGGGCUGUCUCGCCCGCUCUCAGGUUGAUAGCCGUAACGCAAACUCGCUCUUGCAACCAAGUAGCCUGGCAAGCCAUGGAGAGAACUUGUGUAGUGAUGACAGUUGUAAACAGUGCGUGGCGGGAGCAAACCUGGCUCUGAAAUACACGUGCAACUCUAGGAACUGUGGGUAUUCAGAAUGGUGCCUUAGCAGCUGUUUCUGUGUUAAGGAACUGGCCGAAACAUCAGAGCUCCCAAGCAGCGCGGUGGCGGGGGAGGUUGGCGUGCCGGCGCUGCUCUGCCGCAGCUUCCAGGACGGAGACGCGCUGCUGGGCGUGCAGUGGACCGGCCCCGCCCACGCGCUGGCGUACGUCGUCGAAGUGAGGCAAGAGGAGGAGGCCUCGUGGGUGCCCCAGACCACCAGUGUGGAGUGGAGGACCAGCAUCACGGGGCUGCUCCCGGAGACGCGGUACAAGGUCAGGGUGCGAGGCUUGGCGGCGGACGGCCAGGUGGGCCCAGCGGCCGAGAGCGACUGGAUUCUCACCCUUGCAGAUGACCACGAACCGGAGCCCGUCACGGACGUCUCGGUCGCCGUCGAGGAAGCCACGGAGAGCGGAGUGAACGCCCUGGUCUCCUGGACUCCAGCCUCCGAUGUUCCGUGCUUCUAUGAGGUGGUGGCGUUCCCGGACCGCGAUUACAUGUACAUUUCAAAUGAGGUGCAGUACUCGUUCGAGACGCGCAUGGCGCUGGAGUUCGAGGUGAGCUACAACGUGACGGUGCGGGCCAAGGACGGGGACCUGCGGAGCGAGAGCGCGCUGGCCUGGGCCCACUUCACCAGCCCCUCCUGCCUGCAGGCGCUCCGCUACAACCUCACCGUCUGCCGCCCGGAGGCCGUGCAGAUCAACGUGACGGAGACGGAGCUGGACGAGUGGCGGGACGGCCAGCGGCUGUACGACGUGCAGGUGUCGUGGGCGCGGCCGGCCGCCGAGCCCGAGCUCUACGUCGUCACGCUGGCCGUCAUCGAGCCCCGGGAGGACGAGCAGCGCCUCAACGUGACCGGCAACACGACGAGCGUGUGGCUGCGCGGCGUGGCGCUGGGAGACAGGUACAACGUGCUGGUGAGUGCGUGCUCUACGGCCGGCUGCAGUGAGUCCAACAUCGUGCGCCGGCAGAGUGACCGGUACUACCAGUACGGCAGAGGCGGGGGCGUCUCGGGAGACGACGAGGGCAGCGGCAGGACGGUGACCUGGGUGCUGGUAAGCGUGUCCCUGCUGCUGGCGGCGGGCGUGUUGGCGGGAGUGUUCCUGUGCCAGCGACGGGCCCGGGCGCGCAGGGACAAGCUGAGGAUCCAGUACUUCCAGGACCUGGAGAAGGAGCCGGAGUCGGAGGCCUUCACGGACGAGUGGGAGAUCCCGGAGUCGUGCCUGCUGCUGGGCGCCCAGCUGGGGGAGGGGGCCUUCGGCGUGGUGCACCGGGGCGUGCUCAGGAUGGGCAGCAACCCGGGCAGCUGGCGCGACGUCGCCGUCAAGUCCUUGAAGAGCAACGCGGGCAUCGAGGACGAGCAGUCGUUCCGGCAGGAGAUGGAGGUGAUGAGGGCGGUGGGGCAGCACCCCUGCAUCGUGUCCCUGGUCGGCUACUGCACCCGGGACCACCGGCUGCGGCUGGUGGUGGAGUACUGCCGACACGGCGACCUGCAGCGGUUCCUGCGCAGCGCGUGGCAGCAGAUGUCCAUGCCUCGCCAGCCGUCUCUCGGCCACGACUCCGGCCAGCCGUCUCCCGGCCAUGACUCCGGCCAGCCGCUCAACUAUGUGUCCAUCCUCAACGGCAGUUCGAGCGGGCCCACGGGGUCGGAGGAGCGAGCCUGCUUGUUCAACGCUGUCGACAACAGACUGUACCUGGAGGACGCGCAGACGCCCGACACGACCGAGCCCCCAGAGGAGCGGGGGCUGCAGCCUGCGUCCCGCGAGAUAACUGCGACCACGCUGCUAGCCAUCGCACGGCAGAUAGCAGUCGGCAUGGAGUACCUGUCCGGCAACCGGGUGGUGCACCGAGACCUGGCGGCCCGCAACGUGCUGGUGUGCGACGGCCUGUCCGUCAAGAUCUCCGACUUCGGCCUGAGCCGCGACGUGUACGAGCAGAACGUGUACCAGAAGAAGGGGGGCGGCCGCCUGCCCGUCAAGUGGAUGGCGCUCGAGUCCCUCACGUACCAGAUCUACACCGCCCAGAGCGACGUGUGGUCGUUCGGCGUGCUGCUGUGGGAGAUAGCAACGCUGGGGGGCAACCCAUACCCCUGCACGCCCAGCAACCAGCUGCUCCGGCUGCUGAGGGCCGGCCACAGGAUGGAGUGUCCGCCCAGCUGCAGCCUGGACCUGUACCUGAUAAUGUUGGAAUGCUGGAAGGCCAAGCCCAAGGAGCGGCCCACCUUCACGCAACUCAGCCAGCGCCUGGACGCUCUGCUGGAGGCAUCCUCCAGCCACAAGUACCUCCAGCUGGACAAGCUGAGUGAUGACUACCACUGCACCACACCUAAAACCAGCUCUGGCUCCAGCCAGUCACUACCGCCACCGGAGACUUGACGCCUUGCUUAGGGCGUCCUGCAGCCACACGUACCUCCAGUUGGACUAGCUGUGUGAUGUGAUGACUACCAUAGUGCCUCACCUGACUAGCUGUGGCUCCAGCCAUUGGGGCGACUGAAAUGCUGCCCCUUGGAAGGGCAGCCCUUCAGGAUUUUUUUUUUGGCAAUGGUUUGUUUGUACAGCGACUG